CUUGCCUAUGCCAGCCUAUGCCUUUUUGGCCUUCUGCUCGCCAGUCCUUUUCCAGGAGCUGAGGCUGCCUCCUGUGCCAAAGGCUGGCUGCAAUAUCAGAAGAAUUGCUAUGCUUAUUUUGACACCAAGAUGACAUGGCCAGAAGCUGAGAUUGAAUGCCAGAACUAUUUCCCCGGGGCCCAUCUUGCCUCUGUUCACAGCAUGUCAGAGUCAGUUUUCAUCGUCCAAUACAUCUCCACUAACCAAAAGAAACCAAGUGAUGUCUGGAUUGGUCGCCGUGCUUCUUUUCCG